AUGGAAGAGUUAAUGGCUGAUGCAGGAGGUGAAGGCGUAGGAGUGAACUAUGGAUUGAAAGGAAACAACCUACCCACCGUGGAACAGGUGGUGGGGCUCUACAAAUCCCGGAACAUCGGCAAGCUCCGCCUGUUCGACCCCGACCCUAACGUCCUUAACGCCCUCCACGGCUCCGGCAUUCAGGUCAUCGUCGGCACCAUCAACGGUGACGUGCAGAGGCUCGCCACCGAUGCUUCAUUCGCCGAAUCCUGGGUGCAGACCAACAUCGUGCCCCACGCCGGCUCCGUCACCUUCCGCUGCGUCGCCAUCGGCAACGAGAUCAUCCCGUCGGACAUCGCACAGUACAUUGCCCCCGCCAUGCAGAACGUCGACCGCGCUCUCAAGGCCGCCCGGGUGACGGCGCCCGUGUCCACGGCCGUGUCGAUGAGCGUGAUGGGGCCGUCUCCCCGUCCUUCCGUGGGCGUCUUCUCCGACGUGGCCACCCCGACCAUGUCCGCCGUCAUCUCGUUCCUGGCGGCCAAUAACUAUCCUCUCCUCCUCAACGCGUACCCCUACUACGCAUACGAUCCCAAGUACAUGAAGCUGGAUUACGUGCUCCUGAACUCGACCACCGUGAUCGUGCAAGACGGCAACCUGGGCUACACGAACAUGUUGCACGCCAUGGUCGACACCGCGUACACAGCGAUGGAGAAGGUCGGAGGGCAGAACGUGGAGGUGGUGCUGUCGGAGACAGGAUGGCCGUCGGGUGGCGGGCCGGCGGUGGCGACGGUGGAGUACGCCAAGAUCCACAACAAAAACGCCGUGAGGCUCGCGGCGACUUCAAAUGGGACGCCCAAGAGGCCUGGGAGGGGGUUGGAGACCUUCUUGUUCGCCAUGUUCAACGAGAACCUGAAGCAAGAAGGAAUCGAACAACACUAUGGGCUUUAUUACCCCGACAUGAACGAGGUUUAUCAUGUGGACUUCCCUUGA